AUGCCUCCUUCCCGAUCCAAGACUCGGCAGAAAAGGGCUGGAAAAGAGAAAGUGUUGAAUUGUGAGAAAAACAUGAGCUCCCCAGGGGACUCAAAAAUCCGCUGUGGGAGGCAGAGGGAAGGGAAGAGUAGAAGGCAACUGAAGGACAAAGAGUCACUGCCUGGACAAGGUGACACCCUUGAAGAAGAGCCCUUAAAAAUCCAGAGUCUGGGGAGGCUUCAGGGAAGCAAAGAAAAUGGCCACAAAAAAUUAUUCCAGGGGAAAAGAGCCUACAAGAGAAAUGAUAAAAGUGAAUCCGGCUUGGGAAGAAAACAUAGAGAACGGGUCAUGUCCAGGUUGGAGGGGAAAAAACAAAAGGCCUGCAAGCAACAGGAAAGGACAUCAGGGCAGGAAAGUGAGGACAGCAGUGACAAGGAGGGUAAAUCCACCACAAACAGCAAGAAACACAGUUCUAAAAAGAAGUGUGGAAAGCGUGUUGGUGUCAGGGGAAAAGUCACUGACUUGGAGUCUAUAAAGGCAAUUGCAGAGCAAAGUGCUGAAGGCUCUUUUCGGAAACAGAACCCACCAGAAAAGGCACAGAACCUCAGGGGAAAGCACAGAGGGAAACAGGGCUUUAAGGAGGCUUCUGGGCAGAAGUCAAGUCCUCAAUCCCAAGGCAGUACAGCACAGGGAAAAGGUGAGAGGACUGGGAAAAAGAAAGCUGAAAAAUGUGCCAGGAUUGUCAUCACUGAAAGUGAAGAAGAAAAUUUCCUGGAAACCUCAGGUAACUCCUGCUCUGACUCCAGCAGUGAAGGCCAUGGGACCCAAGAAAUGGGUACAAAAGAGACUGUAGUGGGCAGCACUUCCAGCAGUGAGGAGAAGAGCAGCUCUUCAGAAGAGAAGAGCAAGGAAGAUGGCAGCAGUGAGAAAGAAGCCGUGCUCGAAGGUCCUCCUGUGACUGAAGGCAAAGGCUACAAGGAAGUGGUUGAUGAAAGCAAUGAAGCACCUAUUGAACCUGAAAGGGAACAGGAAACCACAGAUGGAAAAAUUGAAUCUGAGGAUGAAGGCACUGAAUGUGCAGGGUUGGAAGCAGAAGAGAAGAUGAAGAAGCAAGACGACAUGCCAACACAACCAAAAUGUGUUCUAGCUGAGGACAGUGGGGCGGAUGAUGAGGUAAACACUUCAGAAUUCCAAGUUAAGAGUCUUAAGAACAGAGAAAAUAAUGAAGCAGACAAGGAAAAUACACUAGAAAAUGAGAGAGUUCAAGAUAUAUCUAAGGAGGGGCAUAUAAAUUCUGUCAGUGUUGGGGAGAACAGAACUGAAGAGACCACUGAUGAAGGGAAGGAAAAUGCAACAAAACCCCUGCCAAGUGCUGUGAAAGCAAAACUCCAUGUUGGCCUUAGCAAAGCACAUCAAGGAUCUGAACAGGAGGAGAUGGUGAACAAUGAAGGCAGUGUGCUGGAAGACAGCCCUUUGCUCUCCAAACAGCAAAGGACUCUGAGGGAGAAGUCUGGGAGGUGUGAGAUUGCACAACAAGGUGAAGAGGUAGCACAUGGACAGAGGGACAGUUCAUCAGACUGCAGCAAGCAGGAAUUAGCAGCGAUGAUGCUCACAAAGAAAAGUUCUCAAUCCCAAAUCCCUCUCAGUCUGAAAAAGAAACAUAAAAAUGCUGAGACCAAACUAUUACCAAGCUGUAAACCGAAUCCUGUCCAGAUGGCUUUGGGAACCAACUCAGACCUGAAAAAUGUUGAAAGCACCGGUUCAAAACCCAUGACUCUAGAAACCCUCAGUAAACAAAAAGAACCUGACAUAACUCAAAGUUUUGGAGAGAAAAGAUUAAAUACUUCAAGCUGCUCCAUGAUUGUUAAAAAAUCAUCUGAUAAGCAGCUCCUUGGAAAGAAGAAGAAAGUUGGAAAAGUUACUGGAAAAGUUAAACUGAGUUCAGGCCAGACUUCAGAGGCAAAAGAAGAGAAAGCAGAAGUGCUUGCAGAGGCACCUUCUGAAACAGAACAUGGGCAUGAUUGGAAAGGAUCCAAGCACUUGCACACUCAUUCUACUUUUAGAAAAGUCACCAGCUGGCUUGGGCAAAAAACUGCCAAGAAAUCAAGGCUGAAAGCUCGUCUGCUGAGCGUGGCACGUGCAAUUGGUAUUUCAAGAUGGCUCUUGAAGAAGUUUGGGAAGAGGAAGAAGAGCAGCAGACCUUUUGGAUUCAGAAGCAGAAUGGCAAUCCGGCUUCUGAGCACUGCUGGGUGGGUUGGUCGGUCGGGCAAAGCCUUCCCUGGUGCAGCUGGACAGCUCGGGAGGGCUGAGCCGAGGGACAAGGAAUCUUCUCCUCCAUUAUUGGAGGGCAAAAGCGGUCCUAAAAUGGCAGAGGAAGUGGGACACGUUGAUUUGCCUUCUAGUGAUUCCCCUCUUCGUGGAAGCAGUUCCUCUCCAUGCUUGGAUGAGGAGAAGAGCAAUGCUACUGAUGCCAAGUUUGCUAUAGUAUUCCCCAGAGUCCACAGCUUGGUUAAGGCUAAAAACUCCUUAUCCAGGGGCUCUGGGAAGGGUUGUUCCCUAGAAAAACUGAGAUCUCUAUCAGACAGAAAAUCUGUCACACCUGUGCAACAGGGUAGCGGAUUCAAAUGUGACCUUCACAGAUCUUUGGUGGGUCAAAGCCAGAGAAACAGCAGACAGGGCUUCCUUCUGCAUGAAGAGGAUCCAAUAUGGACAUCAGAUUAUUCCAGUGAGGUGGAUGUCAAAGGAGGCUCGGGUGUCCUCCAGACUGCAGGGUCCGUGGUCACGCCUGGUGUUCACUGGUCUCAGCAGCAGGCCCAGGGCUGUGACCCUGCAGCGUGGCUGAACUCCGAGCUGCUGCUGCCACGCCUGACCAUCGAGAACCUGAGCAAGUGGGCCAUCUACAGGGACCCACAGCUGGCCAGCAGCCGCGUGAGGAAGGUCUGCAAGGAGCAGUGGGAGGCAGAAGAUGCCACUGACGAUGUGCUAGAGAUGGAGUUCAUGCAGAAACAGGUGUACAGGUGUGAAGACCCCUGUGCAGAAGUUGAGGAGAUUGAAGAUCUAACCAGGCUGGAGGAAGUCUCUGAGAGCUCAGUCCUGCUCUGCCUGAAGAAGAGGUUCCACCGCAAUCUCAUUUAUACUUACAUUGGGCAAAUUUUGGUUUCUGUGAAUCCUUUCAAAGACCUGAGUAUCUACUCUGAAGAUGUGGCUACCCAGUACCAUCAGGGGACUCUCUCAAAAAAUGCCCCACACGUCUUUGCCAUAGCAGAAAUGGCCUACACACUGUCCCAGUCGUCAGGGCAGGAGCAGUGUGUCAUCAUCAGUGGACACAGUGGAUCAGGUAAAACAGAAGCUGCCAAAGCAAUUGUGCAAUACCUGACCCUGCUGUACCAGAGAUCAGACAGCCACAGGAUCAGACAGCCCUGCAAUGUCCUACCCAUCCUGGAGAGUUUUGGAAAUGCCAGAACCAUCCUCAACGACAACUCAAGCCGUUUUGGAAAGCUUCUGAACGUCCACCUGCGACAUGGCGUCGUGGUGGGAACAUCCAUCUCCCAGUACCUGCUGGAGAAGUCUCGAGUGGUAUUUCAGGCCCAUGGUGAGAGGAACUACCACGUGUUUUAUGAGCUGCUGGCUGGGCUGCCCAUGGAGCAGAAGGAGGAGAUGUACUUGCAAGAGGCAGAGUCUUACUUUUACCUGAAUCAGGGCAGAGCAUGUGACAUCCUGGGGAAGGAGGACAGUCAGGACUUUCUGGUCUUGGUGCAAGCUCUGGAGGGGAUCUGCCUCUCUGAGGACCAGCUAAACUCCACCUGGGCUGUCCUGGCUGCCAUUCUGCAGCUGGGGAACAUCUGCUUUACCUCCUGCGAGAAAGAAUCUUAUGAACACGCUGCCAUUGCCAGUGACACUGAGAUCCAGAUUGUGGCCAAUUUGUUGUGUGUCUCAGCAGAUUUCCUGCAAAGUGCUGUCACUCACCGUGUCACUGUGACAUCUUAUGAUCGGAUCUUCACCCCUCUGUCUGUAGAAGGAGCCAUCGAUGCCAGGGACUCCAUUGCCAAGACCCUGUACUACCUGCUUUUUGAGUGGCUGCUGCUGAGGAUCAACGAGUGGUUGGCUCCCUGGGAAUCAGACUGUGCCGUGGGAAUUGUGGACAUACAUGGUUUUGAGGAUCUCGGGUUGAACAGCUUGGAGCAGCUCUGCAUCAACUUUGCCAACGAGCACCUCCAGCAGUUUUUCAGUCAGACUGUCAUUGCCCAGGAAGAGGAGGAAUACAGACAAGAGCAGUUAGCUUGGAUUCCUAUUUCCAAGAUGUACAGCGAGUCGUGCCUCGAUUUCCUCACUGCAAAACCCCACGGCAUCUUGUGUAUCCUGGAUGACCAGACAUCACUGACUCAGGCCACAGACCACACUUUCCUCCAAAAGUGUCACUACCAUCAUGGAAACAGCCCCUGGUACACCAAGCCCAAGCUGCCCUUGCCAGUGUUCACUGUGAAGCACUAUGCAGGCCCUGUCACCUACCAGGUUCACAAGUUUCUUAAUAAAAACCGUGACCAGCUGUGUCCAGAGGUGCUGGACAUCUUCUCUCAGAGCCGCCUCAAGGUGGUGUCUCACAUUUUCCAGAAGGCUAAAGCUGCCUAUAGUCAGCAAAGGAAGCUGGGGCCGAGGGGCAAAGGGCUCAAGCCUCAGGCCUCCACACUGGUGUCCAAAUUCCAGCAGUCUUUGCAGGACCUCACAGCCAAGCUGAGAAGGAGCCAUGCCUUCUUCAUUCGGUGCAUCACCCCUAAUCCCAAAAAGCUGUCAAAUAUCUUUGAUGUGGAAUAUGUCACUUGUCAGCUGCGACAUUCUGGGAUACUGGAGGCUAUCCACAUCAGAAAGGAGGGAUACCCCAUCCGUCUUCCAUUCCGGAACUUCCUGGCCAGGUAUGGGCUCCUGGCUGGGCGAGGGCUCAGCUGCCUGGAGGAGAGAGAAGGCUGUGCAGCAGUGCUGGCUCGUGUGCUGGGGAACCCCUCGGAUCUCUAUCAGAUUGGAGUAACAAAGGUGUUUCUGAAGGAGAAGGCCAGGCAGCUGCUGGAGCGACGAUGGAUCCAGAGGCAGAGCUGGGCUGUUGUUACUCUGCAGAGGAAAUUCCGGUGCCUCCUUCACCGCAGACGCCUCCGUGUCCUCCAGGAGAAAGUCACAGUCAUUCAGGCUCACUUCCGAGGCUACCAGGCAAGGUCAGGAGUCAAAGGCCAGGCCAGGAACAGCCCUUUGGCCCUGCCCAGGACAGCCAGGAAGCGUUACAGGAGGCUGAAGAAGACUUUGGUGCAAUUUAAUACCAUGAUUUUAAUCUCCAGACCUUUGAUUCAAAGGAGGAAGCGCUGCCAGCAGGAGUUAGAGGAAAGGAAACGAAGACAGAGAUCCCUGGCCAGUGGUGACACAGAGAACAGUCCCAGCCAAGGAAUGGAUGUGGGGCUGCUGGAGAUCCCUGCAGAGCUUGCAGCCCUCCUGCAGUUCGUUGAAGGUCGACACCAAGCACAGACCAACCAGAUAACUGAGGCAUUGCCUCCAGAAAUCAAGGUCAAAGAUGACCUUUCCCUCCCACCCACCAUCAACAGCUAUCCCUUCUCCUCCUUCGUUAAGUCACACUUCCAGAAGCCAGAUUUCCCUGCCCUUGGUCAGCCUCUGCAUCACCCCUUAACCCAGCUGGGCACUGAACACCAUGAGAGUGCACUUGAGAUCAACAAACUGAUCUUGCGGUUCAUUGGUGACAAGAGCCUCCAUGGCUGGCAGGAGGUGCUCCUGGGCAACUACAUUGCUGGCAGAGGUUUGAGUAACGUGGCUCUGCGCGACGAAAUCCUCAGCCAGGUGGUUGCCCAGGCAUGGAAGAACCCAGACGUGGAGCACAGCCAGCGAGCCUGGGUCCUGAUGGCAACUGUGCUGAGCUGCUUUGUGCCUUCACCAGCACUGGAGAAGCCCUUGCUGAAAUUUGUGUCAGACCAUGGCAUGGAGGGCUACAAUGCUGUCUGCCAGCGCAAGAUCCUGACAGCAGCACAUCACACAGAGACAGGCUCUGCAUCCUCUCGGGCCUACCCUCCCACUCGGCUGGAGUGGACAGCAAACCAGAGGAGAGGGAAGAUAGUGCUGGAUGUUCAUACCUUUAAUGAGGAGGUGUUCUCAGCUGAGGUGGAGUCCUGGAUGACUGGGGAGCAGUUUGCAGCCUGGAUCCUAAAUGCAAGGGGCUGUGAUAAGAAGACUCGAGGGUGGUCUGUCUCCAUGUUAACUGGCAACACAUGGCAGGACCUGCUGGGCUGUGACUUUGUACUGGACCUCAUUGGAGAGAUGGAGGAGACCAGCAACUUCAGCAGCGCUUCCCAGUCCCCAGCUGAGUUCCCCAUCACUCCAGAAAGGGACAGGAGCACCUACCAGUUCUCUGACCUGGAUUCGAUCCCCCCUGCUCCAGGCAUCCAGGCCCCUUCCUUCCCACCCCCUAGCCUGCCUCCAGAAUUCAUGGAUUUCCAUCCAGAUCCAAGCAUUAGAGAUGACCUGAGGACCCCCGUAGGCCUGGAUCACUAUGUGGAUGAUCUCUUCACCCCUGUGCUGCAUCAGGGCUCCAGACUAUCAGAUUUGGAGAACAGGGACAGUCUCACUGGACGCAUGAAAGGAGGUGGGAAGAUUGGACCCACAAGGAGAGGAGUCUUUCCUUCUACAGGCUUCCCUGGAAUGGCUCAAGCACCAGUUUACCAGCCCAUGCCUUCCAUGAUGGGGAUGCCAGCAGCCAUGCCCAUGAUGCAGGGGGCUGGUGGGAUCACACCUAUGCCAGCCAUGGUUAUGCCCCAGCCCAUGGUUCCAGCUGUGGAUCCCAACCAGUUGGCAGCACAGCAGCAAGCCUUUAUCCAACAGCAAGCCAUGCUCAUGGCCCAGCAGAUGACCCUUCAGGCCAUGAGUAUUUCCCAGCAACAGCAGCAGCAGCUGCAAAAGUCUCUUGAGAAUUCAAGGCCGAGAGUUUCAAGUCCACCACAAGCCCAAGCCCCAGCCACUGCCCCAAAACCCAAGAAGCCUCCCACAAGCCAGGAUGCUGCAACACCACCAGAGUCUUCAGAACCACCAGCUAAGGCAUGAGAAACAAACAGUGGUGGUGAAGGUUAUGACUACACGGGAGAUGAGUUCUCCAGCAGUGGAGAUGAUGACUCUCCUCGGGAAACCUUCCAGCAGAAAAGACAAUAUUUUCAGAAGAUGGGAGAGCAACACAUCCGAGUGAAGAAAGUCAGGCCUCCUACCAAAACCUGGACUCCACCAGCAAAUCCCCAGCCAGAGCAGGAGGAGGAGAUAAAACAGGAACAGCAGAGGAAAGAAGUGAAGCCUGUCCCCAAACCAGAGGCAGCUCCUGCUUCCCCUGUGCCAUCUCCUGAGCCAAAGCCAAUAAAGCAGACACCAAAAGUGAAGAAGGAGCCACCUGUAGUGAAGUCUUCAGGCCCGGAGUCACGUCCUGCACCGAGCCGCGAGAUUGGCAACAUCAUCAAAAUGUACCAGAGCCGACCAGCCCCUGAGCCCCAGCCCAUCGAGCCCGUAAGGAGAGUAAACAAGCCGUUUGUAAGGAGGAACGACCCCAAAAAUGAGGCUCUGGCCAAGCUGGGAAUGAUGAACUCCUCAUCUUGCCCACCACCAUCUCCUGUGCCACAAGAGAAGAAAGUACCUCCACCUGUCAAGCCCAAGCCAGGCUCAGCUUCCAGCUCUAUCAAGGAGAAGCAGUUGCCUCUCCUGUCCGUCUUCAGGCCAGAUUCUACCCCACCAGCGUCUGAGGGCCCUCCUGCUCCCCCUCCUCUCCCACCACUGCCUUCACCUCUAAAGCCUGAGGACCAAGGCAGGCAGGAAUCCACAGAGAGGGGUGAGUCUUGACUUCACCCACUAGCAGAUGAUGAUGGUAUCAAGACCCAGCUGUACAAGCUCACCACCAGCGUCAGCUUCUCCUAUGCAGACCCUGCCUGGAAAAUCUUCCUGCGCAAAGAGGUGUUUUACCCCAAAGAAAAUUUCAGCCACCCUUAUUGCCUGAACUUGCUGUGUGAACAGAUCAUCUGUGACACUUUCUCCAACUCCUGCUUUCGGAUCUCCAAGGAGGAGAAGCGCAAGAUGAAAGACCUGCUGACGGAGUUCCGGGUUGGAAAUGAUGUCCAGUCCAUCAAGGAGGAUGGAAUAAAGAAGAGGAUUGUACUGGCUGCUCGGGAUAACUGGGCCAACUAUUUCUCCCGCCUCUUCCCAGUUCAUGGUGAAGAGGGAAGUGAUGUGCAGGUCCUGGGUGUUUCUCACCGGGGCAUUCGGCUGCUGAAGGUGCAGAAAGCAGCUGGGUAUAAUCCUGAGCACCUCAAGAUCCUUCGCAGCUACUGCUUUGCAGAUGUGCUGUCAGUGGAGCUGAAGGGCAGCAGUGCCCUGGAGUUCUCUCUGAAGACAGAGCAGCUCCUCCUGCACUCUCUGAAGGCUCCGUGCAUCAAGGCCAUGGUGGAACUCUUCAUGCAGGAGCUGAGGCAG